ACCGACUUCCUUCUCCAAGAGUUUUUAGGAAGGCGGCAGAAAAAAAAAGUCGACAGAACCGGAAGGCAUAUUUCAGCCCGUUCGUUGACUUGCAGGAAGGAACCCGGACCCCGAGGCCCUCUGCCGCGAACCCCAGGGCUGAACUGGCAACGAACUACACCGGCGCCAUGGAUAUCCACCGGUGUCGCUUCGUCCGGUAUCCUGCCUCGGCCAUCAAUGCGCUCGCUUUUACACACUCGUCGCUGCCGUCCGUCUCGGCGAACAAGAAGCACCUCCAAAAGCACAUCCAGGUCCGGCUGGCGCUCGGAAGGGCCAAUGGCGACAUUGAGAUUUGGAACCCGCUCCGCGGCUCGUGGCACCAGGAGCUUGUCAUCCCCGGCGGCAAGAACCGGAGCGUCGAUGGCUUAGUCUGGGUCACCGACCCGGACGAGGAGAUGGCCGACGGCAGGAUUAUCCACGGCAGAUCGCGCCUCUUUAGCAUCGGUUACACGACCACCAUCACCGAGUGGGACCUAGAGAAGGCUAGGGCGAAGAGACAUGCGAGCGGCCAGCACGGAGAGAUCUGGUGUCUCUGUGUGCAGCCGCUCCCGAACAAGGCAGCGGCAGCCCCUGGCACGCGGAAACUCGUCGGCGGCACCGUCGAUGGCAACCUCGUGCUCUACUCGAUCGAGGACGACGAUCUAAAGUUCCAUAAAACGCUCUUGCGGACGCCAUCCAAGAAGACCAAGUUCGUCAGCAUCGCCUUCCAGUCCCACAAUGUUGUGGUCGUCGGCUGCUCGAACAGCACGAUUUGCGCCUACGAUAUUAGAAAGGGCGUGUUGCUGAGACAGAUGACUCUCGGAACCGACCUUUCUGGGGGCUCUAAGAAUAUCAUCGUGUGGGCUGUCAAGUGCCUCCCUAACGGUGACAUUGUCUCUGGCGAUUCGACUGGCCAAGUGUGCAUCUGGGACGGCAGGACAUACACCCAAGCGCAAAGGAUCCAGAGCCACUCGCAAGACGUCUUAUGCUUGUCUGUCAGCGCUGAUGGCUCAAAGAUCGUCUCGGGGGGGAUGGAUAGGCGGACCGCCAUCUACGAGCCAAUCGCUGGGCAGACCGGCCGCUGGUCAAAGGUGUUCCACCGGCGAUACCACCAGCACGACGUCAAGGCAAUGGCCUCCUUUGAGAGCAAAACAAUGAGCGUUGUGGUUUCUGGCGGAUCGGAUGCAAACCCGGUUGUCAUGCCCCUGCGCGCUGCAGGAAGAGAAUAUCACAGAACGCUGCCGCACCUCCCACAGAACCCGCCCCUCCAGAGCGCCCCCAAGGCGCGGUUGGUUGUCAGCUGGUGGGGGAACGAGAUUCGGAUUUGGCAGCUGCUCAGCCCAGCCCAUCAACUGCUGGAUGACCCAAAAGCCGGUUUCAGCCUGCGCAACAACAGAAAAUUUCUCGCCCAAAUUAUGGUCAAAGGAGAUUCCCACAUAUCUUCGGCUGCGAUCAGUGAAGACGGGACUCUCCUGGUUGCUUCGACUGCUACCGACAUCAAGGCGUUUCAACUCGAAUUCACAGAGGGAGCCGGCGCCGAGCAACUCCAUAUCAGAAAAGUGGACAUGGCUUCGUCGGGCCUCGCCGCUACCAAGAUUCAGAUCUCGCCGGAUAAGCAAUGGGUAUCGUGGGUCGAAGAUGGGAGCAAGGUCAUGAUUGCCCGGGUGCAGGACACCGAAUCCACUGCCGGCACGUCUCUCGCCAUUUCCCGGCCAUACAGGCUGCGAAGGUUGCGGCGUCUGGUUGCGAAACAUCUCCUUCUGGGUGGCCUUGGCUCCUACGACCGGAACAUAACCCUGAUGGCCUUCUCACCUGAUAGCAAAAUGCUCAGUGUUGCCGACCUGGCGGGGUAUAUCGACACUUGGGUCUUACGCGUCCCGGGUGAGCAGACGAACGGCGCGGACGGCGGAGAUGACGACGACGGAGCAACUAGCGAGUCCUCGGAUGAUUCGUCAGAUGAGGAGCAAGAGGAUGAUGUCGUGGGAAGGAGAUGGGUCCGCAACCCGAAAGCAAACCUCCUUCCAAAACUUACGGCCGCACCCGUCGUGCUGUCCUUCUCGAGGACCCCUCGUGAUGCCGGCGAUUACGACCUAUUGGUCAUCACCACGCUGAAGCAGCUUCUCAUAUUCAACCCCCUUCGCGGGGAGCUCUCCGAGUGGUCGCGGAGGAAUACAUAUCCUAAGCUUCCAGAGCAAUUCAGGGACACACGGGACCAUGUCAAGGGGGUUGUGUGGCAGGGGCCCAGGGCCUGGAUCUACGGCGCUUCCUCUUUGUUCAUGCUGGACUUGUCCCAGGAUUUUUGCCCGGAGAAGGACGCGCUUGCGGGCAAAACCGGACAGAAACGAGGGACCAAGCGGAAGCGCGAUGGCCAAGAAGGUGGUGCUGGUGGGAGGAUGGAGAAGUACUCGCUUGCUCCGCAGCGGGUCCGAACGGCCGUGGGCCCUGACGGGGAGAAGUGGGAAGACGUGGAGAUGGCCGACGCUGAGGAUCAAAAGAGCAUCGGCGCGAGCAGCGGGGUCGACGAUGACGAUGACGAAGAUGUUGGUGGCGGUGAGCUGCAGCGCCUGAGAGACGACCACAGCGCCAACGGCAACACGGAGACGGCCCAGAAGGAGGAGCUCGCCAAGGCGAGAUGGUGGCAUACGUACCAAUUCCGGCCGAUAUUGGGCAUCGUUCCGGUCGAGAGCGGGCAGCAGGACGGCUUGACCAACGGUGAUGUUGCCGAGGAGAGACCCGCCCCUCUCGAGGUCGCCCUUGUCGAGCGGCCGCUAUCCGGUGACGACUUGCCAGAACGGUACUUUGCGGAGGGCGAGUGGGAGAGAUAAGCCGUGGGUCCCCGCGGCGUCAUGUCAAAGUUUGCUUGGCGAUUUCGGGACCGACCAAAUGUACGUAGUAUUUGAGAACGAAUCGAC